GUCAACAUUAAUAAUUAAAUACUGCUUCGCAACCGGCAUCAAUUAAAUAUUUCAUGUCCUCACAUCUUCAAGCGUUGAGGUUGAUAGAAUAGUACUGCAAAAAACAUGCCGAAUACGGGUCGGCCAAGUCGCGCUUGCUACUCAUGUCGACAACGCCGUAUCAAAUGUGAUCUCGUGCGUCCGGCGUGCGGCCAGUGCUUAAGAAAGAGACACGCAUGCCCGGGAUACCGCAAUGAGCUGGAUGCUCGCUUUCAAGUCCAGACCAUGUAUUCAUUCGAGGAUUACAUGAACAGUGAUCGACGCAAGUCGUAUAGACAGAGUUACCGUGUCCAUGUAUCUAGUAGAUAUGAGACUCAUUUUCUCCACCGACCCACCACGCAUGAACACGUACGGCUAGCAUCAUCAAUGCCAUCCACUCCGGACACAUCACUUUCAGCUCGGUGGUAUUCGAUGACUGGGCCCAAAGACGCUGAUUUCAAGAUCUUACGCCCUCUAGGACGGUGGACAACCGUGAUUCCAGUGCGACUUGGAUGGAAUGAAGCGCUUGACACCGCGGCCAUCUAUGCGCUAGAUGCCUGUACAGCACACUUUCAUCCGAGUGAAAUUAAUGCGCGUAAGGUGUUGGUUUCGGCGAUGAAGGCUGUGCAAAGUCUUCGGCUUGCAUGGCAACAAGCUACACCGACGAAUCCAGGAGAAUUGAUUGAUUUGAUGCUUACUGUUCAGCUGCACUUUUCUGCAGAGGUCUUCAGGCGUCUCCAAUCUAGGGUGUACCUUCUCCAUAUGACGGCUCUAUCGACGCUGCUCAAGUCCUGCGACCAAUCAGUUCUGAACACAGAUAUAGCUCAAAGUAUCUUUAGCUCUAUCAUCUACGAAGAGGUCGUAUACUCCUACUUCUCCGGAACUGAUUCUACAUUUGACAAUCCAUCCUUCCUCCAAGGACUGAAAUCAGGCAUCCUAUUAUGGAAAAGCCCAUUAGCCACCGUGACAGCGUGGAUAUAUGAACAUCUCAUUCAGCUUCCGCGUGCGCUUCGACUCGUGCGCUCGUUAUACGGAUCUCAGGAUCCCAAUAUCUUCGCCGAAACAGUCCAACUCAUCAAAAAGCUAUAUAACGAUGACUGCGACCCGCUCAUACCUCAAAUAAUUGAAAAUCUAGCCACCACCAUUCCAACACGCUCACCCGAGAACGCAGGACUAGUCCCGCUGUCCUAUCAGUUUGAGUCGACAUAUAUUUUCAAAAUAUUUACCCGGUAUUUUACAUUCAGGAUCUUGCUAUAUGGCCUCUUGCAGGGAUUGCAUCAGGUUUAUGCACUUGAUAUUGAUAUGGCUGUCGUCCAGGCAAACGACGUGCAUACAGCAUACUCAAUGGCAAUGUGUGUAGACCACGCGUUGCAUACGUACCCGGCAGAUGGUCUUCUGUGCGUACGACUCAUCCUCCCCCUGCAGUUUUCCUUCAUGUCGUGGCAUCAGCUAGAAAUGAGAUCGGAGGCGAUGGAAUCUGAAUCUGCUGCGGCGGACUAUCAGCGUGCCACGGAUAUGAAGUUGUUGGUUGUGAGGAUAGUGAUGGAGAUAGAUGCCGCGUGGGAAAGAGGCCAAACAUCGUUAUCUAAACGAUAUGAAGUUUGUGAAAGGCUCGCUCAGGCUUUGGGUGGUGGGCCGCAGAACCAGCGUUUGCAAGACUACACGGAUACGAAGCAGAUCAUCGCGUUGGCGGGGGAUCCGGUUGUUGAUGAGCGUUCAUCCACACAGAAGACUUUUGGGGUAGUAGAACAGUGAAAAAUAAGACUGUUAGAAAAUAUUUUUGGGUUAUAUAGCUAGGGACAAUGUUCAUAGAAAUCCUCUCGCCUUUACAGUUUAUAUAUAUGAAAGAAUACUCCCCACGACUUACAAGAAUUAUGACGGCUGAACUCAGUUUUUGGAUUAGAAAUGG